AUGAAUUCAACGAAAGUUACAACACACGACACAGGCGAUAAUGCCUGGAUGAUGACAUCCGCUGCAUUAGUUCUUCUAAUGACACCAGCUCUGGCUUUCUUCUAUGGCGGUUUGGUUGAUCGCAAAAAUAUUCUAAAUCAACUGUUUCUCUCAUUCAUCUGCAUGGGCAUCGUAUUUGUACAAUGGGUACUAUUUGGCUUUUCCUUUGCAUUUGGGCCCGAAUUGAAAUUUGGAAUCGAAUCGUGGAAAUGGUUUGCAUUGAGAUUUGGUGAAGGUGAUAAUGCCAUAUAUAGUCCAACAUAUCCAUUAUUAACAUUUGCUAUGUACCAAGCUACGUUUGCUAUUAUCACACCAGCAUUAAUUUCCGGUGCCAUAGUUGGCCGAAUGAAACUCAUUCCUUACAUGCUGUUCAUCUUCAUCUGGUCGACAGUCUGCUACGAUCCAAUGGCACACUGGGUAUGGAGCAGUAAGGGAUGGUUGAAACAUCUCGGUACACUUGAUUUUGCUGGUGGUACCGUUGUACACGUCUUAUCGGGCGUAUCGGGUCUAGUAGCAGCAAUUAUUCUGGGUAAACGAUCUGAUUAUGAUCCUCGAAGUACUGCUGCUCACAAUCUUCCAUUCACCAUCUUGGGAACUGGUCUUCUCUGGAUAGGAUGGUCGGGUUUCAAUGGCGGUUCAGCUAACUCAGCCGAUGGUAUAGCUGCUCUAGCAUUAGUCAAUACAAAUGCUGCCGCGGCAGCUGGCCUGGUCACGUGGGUAGUAAUUGAUGCUAUUCGUGGACACGUCUCAAUAUCUGGUGCUUGUGUUGGACCCAUUGUAGGUCUCGUUGCUGUAACACCAGCGUGCGGAUUUAUUCAAACAGGAUGGGCGUUAUUUUUCGGGGUGACUGCCACAUGUAUCAUCUAUUCUCUUUUAUUACUUAAGCAUUAUAUGCGUUUUGAUGAUACUUUGGAUGUUGCAGUUGUUCAUGGUGGAGGUGGCAUCUUGGGUGCGUUCAUGACUGGUCUAUUCUCUCAACAAAAAGUCAAUCCAGCAGCUGCUUUCGAUGGCGCAUUCUAUGGUCGACCAAUUCAGCUAUGGUAUCAAAUUGUCGGUAUUCUCAUAGCAAUCGUUUUUGCUGUUGUAUGCACUGCUGGAAUUCUCUAUCCAUUAGAUUGGAUCAUUGGUAUUCGUUUAGCGAAAGAAGAUGAACUAGAAGGACUUGAUUUAACUGCACACGGUGAAUGUUGGGAAGUGGCAGCAUCGCGUGCUGUUGGUGAUUUAGUCAAGCAAAUUCUCGACGAGCAAGGUGUUAACAAAGGACAAUUAGAAGACAAUGGUUCGUUCGAAUUGCAUUAUACACCUUCUGACGCAAAUCGGAAAUCGUUUACUGUUCCUGUAACAACGCGACCAACAACAAUCGAGUGUGAAAGUGAUGAUCGACAUUGGAAAUGA